AUGGAAACUAAAAACGACAAUUACUGGUUGGCUACAAACAGCCAUGCCAGCGCACGUUUAAACCUCCAGCACUUCUGGAACCAACUGUCCUGUGGGUAUUUGAUUCAUCCUGAUAUUGCGCUCGCUGGUAGCGCCAGAAUUGCGGACAUUGGGACUGGCACGGGGAUAUGGCCGAUCUCACUGUCCACAACCUUACCUUCCACUGUGCAAUUGGAUGGAUUCGAUGUUACCGAUGCCCAGUUUCCACCCAGAGAGUGGCUUCCCAGCAAUGUCAGAUUAGAGACAUGGAACGUUCUUGAGUCUGUACCGGAGCAUCUAGUCGGACAAUACGAUGUGGUCAACAUCCGAUAUUUUGCGCUGGUGGUUCGCAAAGAAAAUUUCAGCAAUUUGUUGAAGAAUCUGAUUUCUUUGCUUAAGCCCAAUGGAUAUCUCCAAUGGAUCGAAAUCAACAUUGCGGAGCAGGAGAUUAUUCCCCUCCGGCCAGAUAUGCCCAUGACAGCCACCUCGUCAUUUAGCGAGGACGGGAAGAAGGCCAUUGCGACCUUGGGAGUCAGCUUCGACUGGUUGAAAAGCCUCCCGAGCACAUUUGAAGAAUUUGGACUAGUGGAGGCAAGUCAAUUCAAGCCAGAUCCGAUCCCCGCGUUGCGACCGAUGUCCUCCCAUCUUGCCAUUGGGGGUUGGGAGGAGUUUAGUUACAACGUUCUGGAUAAAAAGGGGCCCGCAUCCUCUGCUUGGAAGCGGACAGAACCUGCGCCAACGGUUGUACGAGGUGCGCAAUGA